GACAAACAGUCUGCACGUGCUCAGAAUAAUGGAGAGUAAACCUAAAGUAGCCAAAGUGGAGGUAAUAUGCACUUACAGCUUAAAAUAAUGAUAAAUGCAAACUUUCUGAUGCUUGAUGUUACCUUUAGGAGUCCUCUAAUGGGAUGGAAGUCGAUACAGCUGCAUCUAAUCAUGUCGAUGAUAGCAAGGAACAAAGUUUGAAGCAAGCUUCUUCGACAGCGUCUGGUUCGAGGCCUCCUGCUUCUGAAAUGACAAGUGCUGAUUAUUAUUUUGAUUCUUACGCACAUUUUGGUGAGUAGUGCUUGCUUUGGUGUUCUUUGUUGUAACUAGGGAUACUUUGCUAAUGGUUACUUUUUUGGUCAUUACAUGUAUGAUUGGAUUGGAUCGACUUGUGCCUUAUCAGGGAUCCAUGAGGUUAGUUGGUGCAUAUUUUCCUAUCGUUCACCAGUUUCACGAUUUAUUCUCCACCCUGGCUUAGAAUGUCACGUUACGAUACGAUGUAAUAGUGGUAAACUUUCACUUGAUGCAGGUGUAAACCUCAGCGUGAACUGUAGCAUACAGUUGCUAGUUAUAAGUUUAACUACUUAAACGUUUACCAGAUCUGUCUGGCAUGUUGUUUAAAUUUAACGCCUAUUUGGGCUUAAAUCACCUUUUUUCCAGCAGUAUCGGAUUAAAAGUCGACAGUUAAACGUAGAAGACUAUCAUACUUGAUUUUGUCUACAAGCGAGGCUAUGCAUGCAUGAUAUGAUGUAGGAAUAGUGAAGGAUGAUAAACCUCUCAAACACAACUUGAAAACCGUCUCCGUUCUAUAUUUUUUUAGCUGUAACAUCAGGUGUCACUCACUCAGGAAAACCCUUUUGACAUGGAAAGCGUGUUGCGGAAGAGGAUUAGACAUGCUUGUCGACUACUGCUACGCUAAAGUCUCAAUUUUCUCCUAGUACCAUAGCAAUUUUGAACCAACAAAUGUUAUGACUUAGAGCAGCCUUGAAAUUGUGAAAAUUUUAUGUUGAAUUUUUAUGAUGCUUACUCUUCAAGGUGAACACUUUCUAGAGUAUAGAUUCCCUGAAAUAUUUCAAGUAGCUCAUGUGAUAACUUGGAGUUCAAUGCUGAUUCAUAGGUCACAAGGUCUCAAAAUUACAAGAGUUCUUUCUAUGUAGCAUUAUAUUUUUUACAAUGUUCUCUAUUGCUCCCCAACAGGAAAUGAUCAAGGAUGAAGUUCGUACAACAACAUAUCGCAAUGCAAUGUACUAUAACAAGCACUUGUUUCGGGAUAAAGUAGUUCUUGAUGUGGGCUGUGGAACUGGAAUUUUGUCCAUGUUUGCUGCAAAGGCUGGUGCAAAACAUGUGUAUGCUGUGAGUGAUUUCUUUUGUUUGCAGUUAUAAACAAGAAUCAGUAGCUUUUACAGUAGUUUGACCAUUGAUUGGUAAAUAAUGUAAUUUUUUAAUUUCCACUAUUACCUGUACCAAGAGUGUUUGUUUAACUUGUAACUUUUCCAAAGGAAUCAGUGAGGAGUAUAGCCUUAUGGAUUCUUUAGUGGCAAGGAUUUCAUAGUGCACUUCCUAACUUUUAGGCUGCCUUUAGCACUUUUCGAUGCUUCCCAGACAACUUUCCUGUAACAUCUUUUUCAGAGAAAUGUUCUCAAACUAAAGAAAUUUAGAGCCAGUUAAAGGAUAGAGCUAAUCACAUUCCCUUGCUUAAGGAGUAGGUUUGGGAAUAGGGGGCUGGGGAAGAAUAAAACAAAUUUAAAACUUACCAUUACUUAGAACCAUGAUAUAACCUCUUUCACUAUUUGACAGCCUAUUAUGUAAUUCCUAAACAUAAGGUAAAUUCAACAAACAAAUGUUCAGAUUGUGGCUUUAUAAAAAGAACAUUCAGCAAAUCAGUCUUUUUCUCAAAAGUCACAACAAAACCUCAGUUCUAUAACAGUCAUAAGAUAGCAAAUUUCAAAUUCAAUGAAGGUCUCAGUUGAUAAUUUUAUAAAUUAAAUUAGUUUCAAAUACUUAGCUUUUUUUAUAUGAUUUUCUAAGGAUGAUUAUGGGUAUUGAGUUGUAUCCUGCUUAACAUUGCUUUUUGUCCCAAAAUUCUCAUAAAAUCAGGACACCCAUGAGAUUGAUUGCAUUGCUAAUUUAAAGAUUGUGUUUAUUAAUACUUUGCUUCCAUCUGGGUUAUUAACUGGAGGAUAAUGCUUCAUUGAGGGUGGGGUAUCAUCCAGUGAAUAUGGAGAAUGCAUAACUGGCAAUUGGAGUUGUGAAACCUUUUAUCAUAUUCCCUGUGUGUUAGCUCUUGUUCACUAAAGUUCUUAUUUAUUGAUUCAAUUUACAUACAGUCAAUUUGUAUUUAUUGCAUUGUAACAGGUUGACUUCUCUUCAAUCAUUGACUACAGUAAACAGAUAAUCAAGGACAAUAAUUUCGAAGAAGGUAUGACUUGUAUACAAAUAUGACAUAAACUAUAUUUUAUUUAUACUUCAUAUGCUAUACAUACAUGUAUAUACUAUAUAUAAUAUUGAUAAGACUUGCAAAGCUGCUUUCUUCCAUUUGUACAAUAUGAGAAGAAUCAGGAAAUUUCUCAGUCUGAUAAUGUGAAAACCUUGGCAAAUGCCUUUGUAACAAGCCGCCUUGAUUACUGUAACAGUAUCCUUUUUGGCUUAACUGCCUGUGAACUGUAAAAACUCUAGCUUAUUUAAAAUACAGCUGCUAGGCUCCUCUGCAAGGUACAGUACAUUGAUUCAAUCAAAUUUUCCUCUAUUUUGAUAAAUCUCUAUUGGCUGCUUGUAAAAUAUGAUAUUGGGUUUCAGAUAUUACUUCAUGGACUUGCCUCUGUGUAUUUCACUGAGCUCAUUACUUUAAAACCUUUAUCUAGAUAUAAUCUCAGAUAAUCUAAUGAACUCUUACUGCAGCCACCUAGGAUAAAGACUUGGCACAUGCUCAGUUACCAAAGUUUUACCAUGGCAAUGCCAGUGCUUUGAAACUAACUACCAUUGGAAUUUUGUAGCGCAAAUAACAUGCACAUCUUUAAGUCAGUGUAUCUAUCGUGUGUUGCUUUUGAUCUUUAACAUAUUUAUGUAGUUAAGAUUUUGUCCUUUCAAAUGGUGUAAGGAACUGCCAAAUCCAUUCAUACCUGACUGUAAAUAGUAGGAAUAUUUAUAGAUAAGCCAUUUUGUAACUUAAGUUUAUUAGAUUUUAUUUCAAAAAUAUUGUAAAGUGUUGAAGAGUAUCUACCCAUGGAAUCCCAAUACUAUAAGAGUAUUAAGUUAUUAUGAUUAUUAUAAACUGAAUACCGUAUUUACCCAUGUAUAAUGUGCACCCCAAUUUUUGACCAAAUUUUUCUUAAAAAAAAGGUUUCACAGCAAAAAACAUGUUAAUUCUUCCUACAAUAUUUAUUGAGAUAACAAUACUUGCAUUACAAAAACUUCGAAAUUGCUUAUGUACUGGUAACUAACUAAUUACAAAAAGGUUGAAAAUGAUAACAAACAGCCUUGCAAAAAAAGAGUUUCUAUGCGAAAAAACCUACAAAAUCGGACUUGAUUCUGACUCAAAAAGUUGGUUGAAAUCAAGUUCACUAUUAUUUAUAUUGUCCUCGGUUGAAUCGUAGACCAUAUUGUCUUUGGAACCAUCUAAAUUGUUCAUAAUGUCACAUUUCAAAAAAGAAUUAAUUAUCAUUGCUGCAGGAAUAUCACUCCAUGCCUUCACAAUCCAUAAGCAAAUUGGUUCCUCUGACAGCUUUCUUAUACAACCAGUUGGCAUAAAUUCGUAGAUUCUGUCAGCCAUCCAAUCCAUUCAUUGUUCUUUGACUCAAUCCUUGAGGGGCUUGUUUAAAGAGACAUCCAAAGGCUGCAAAAGUGAGGUUAAACCUCCAGGAAUUACGGCAAGGUUGGUGUUUUCUCGUUUGAGGGACGCUUUCACCAUGUCAGUCAAGUGGGCCUUGAAUGUGUCAUAAACAAGCAGGCUACGUAUGCAAAUUAGGAUGUGCUUGACAAACAAUAGAAUCCAUGUAUAAUACGUGCCAUGAUUUUGGUGGAUAUUUUGAUAGAAAAAAGUGCAUAUUAUACAUGGGUAAAUACAGUAUUGAUUUUUAAGAGUAUCCUUUGUUUAGCUUUACUGCAGUAGCUCAUUUUCCCCAGCUGUUAUGUUACAUUUUCGGGAUCUUUCUUCAGAGUGCAUAGCAUACAUGUACAUGUACUUUAUUACCCCAGCCUUUUUAAUGUUCUUUGAAUUGAAAUUAUAAUUUCCAACAAGAACAUUUUUGAUCAAUUACUGUAUAAAAUAUGUUUGUAUAUCUUUAAAACUUUGAUUUAUGAUUUGAAUACUCUUUUAGUAUUUGUUGUGUAUAUUUUUUAAAGUUGAUUUUUAUAUUUGAAUCUUGACUUUAACUCAUUUUGAUUUAUUUGUUUUAGUGAUCACCCUCAUCAAAGGUAAAAUAGAAGAAAUUGAACUGCCUGUUGAACAGGUUGAUAUCAUCAUCAGCGAGUGGAUGGGUUACUGUCUUUUAUAUGAGUCCAUGUUGGAUACAGUUUUAUUUGCUCGUGAUAAAUGGCUGGUAAUUGCAAGCCUUGUAUAAUAUAAAAGACCUUCAUUUGUUUGUUUUGGUAAAUUAAACAGAAACCCUGGAAAAAUGGUGCAGUAGAUUUUGAAUCAUCUGCCUGAAUUAGCUCAGAGAAUUAUGGUGGUUUAAGGGUUUUUGGUAUAAGUACAUGAACAGAUAAACUGGGAGAAGAGUUGUUCCUGUUUGAAAGUAACAUUUAUUUUCAAAAAUCUGGAUAGCUUUUGGAAUACCUUUGAAAAUUUUUGGACACAAGGUGUUAUUAUUAAAGAAUUUUAACAACAACUUUGAAAACAUUUUGUGGCUGGUUAAAAAAAUGUUUUUCAAUUAACUGAUUUCUAGCUGAAGCAUAUAUCAUUUUAACUUUCCUCUUUUCAUUUAUUUCUUGUAGAAACCAGGGGGACUCUUGUUCCCAGACAAGGCACAAUUGUAUCUCUGUGCUAUUGAGGACAGGCAGUACAAAGAAGACAAAAUUUAUUGUAAGUGAAAAUAGAAUUGUUGAUUACAUUUACAGUACAUUAAUUUAGGGAAGGAAGCACUAACAUACUAGCCAGCAGCAGCCUUAAAUGCUUAAAGAUAGGUAAAAAUGGCAAUAGUGAUGCCCUGGCAGGCAAGCCAAAACAUGCAAUAAGUUCUGCUCAGGCACUUGUUAAGGCACUUGUUAAGGUAGCACCAUCAAGUUUUAGCCUGAUUAUGUUAUGUGCACCAGCAUUGUAUUUUUAUUGAGAAUUUGUUAUGUUUUCUGUCUUCAAGAUCCCUAAAAAUGACCAAAAUGUAAUAAACAAAAUUCUGACUGUUAUUUUCUGUAGUUGUAGGUAGUGAAAACUAAUAGCACUACAGUCAAACCUUGAUUAUCCAGACCUUGAUCCUCUGGACUUUUCCUCUGGUCCCAAUUUUGUCAUGAAUAUUUAUUAGUCGUGAUCAAGAUCCAUAGCCAUAUUCUUUUUAGAACUAUAGUGUUGAGAAGCAAAGUAAAGGCGAGUUUGUUUCACUUUCAAGAAGCAAAAGCAGUGCUCUCACGUUGUAACUAAUGUUUUAAAAAGUGUUUAUUAUGGAUGAAAAGACAGAACAAUGUUGACGCCAUUCAGAUUAUGCAGCUUUGGAGAAUGCUGGAACUCUCUAUGCACAUGUGAUGUUCCUCUUUAAGACAAACUGACCUACUUCAACAUUUUAGGCCUAUGUAAAAACGUUUUUCAUGAAUUUUUAUUGUUAAUACACGUGUAGAGGUAUUCACAACGCACAGUGAAGAUGUAGACCAUUUUUUUUUCAAAACGAUUUCUAAAUGUUUUGUUUCACGAUUAGCAGUCGCUUUCUUAAUUUAAUCAGUUUUUGUUCCUCAUUAAUAUUCAUAUUCACAAUUAUUCGGACUUGAUUAUCUGGAAUAUUUUGUCUAGUCCCAAUGAGUCCAAAUAAUCCAGGUUCAACUGUAUAUGUCGUUACACAAAUGAUCACUUCCUAUUUCUUUUACAGGGUGGGACAAUGUUUAUGGCUUUGAUAUGAGCUGUAUCAGGAAAGUUGCCCUGACAGAGCCUCUUGUGGAUGUGGUGGAGGCUAAGCAAGUAGUUUCUAAUUCCUGUCUCGUAAAGGUAAAUUCCAAAGGAGAUUGGCUUAUUGAACACAUGAUUUUUAAAAUAGUAUUUAAACUAUUUUUUCUUUGUUCCUUGCUGUAGGAAAUUGACUUGCAUACUGUGAAGAAAGAAGACUUGUCGUUCAGUGCACCUUUUCAGCUGUAUUGCAGGCGGAAUGAUUAUGUCCAUGCGCUUGUUGCCUUCUUUACCAUCGAAUUCACACAUUGUCACAAGAGAACUGGGUUCUCAACCGGUAAAUCUUUUCUGCUGAUUGUUAAAAUACAUGUAAAGCUGUCACAACUAGAAAAAUAUUUUCUUUCUUCGUGGCUUAUCAACAUCUCUUGCUAGAUAAAUUUGUUUGAGAAAGAAAAUGUAUCAAAUGGUCUAGGAAUAACUGCUUCCACGACUGAUCACGAACAAUUUUCCCAAGUAAUGCAAAGAACCAAUCACAACCUAAAGGGAACCAUUUCUCAAGAGUACAUAGUCAGAGGUUUCAUUUAAGUUGGGGCUCUACAUUUUGUUAGGGCAGUUUUUGACCCCAUUCUUUUCCUUGUUCAGCUCCAGACUGUCACUACACUCAUUGGAAGCAGACAGUCUUCUAUCUUCAAGACUAUCUCACAGUCAAGUAUGGUGAAGAAUUAUAUGGAGAUUUCAAAAUGCAGCCAAACCCCAGGAAUAAUGUAAGUUCUUGAUCUGAAGGGUCAUCUGCAAUAGGUUUGUCACUCUAUUACAUGUAUAUUCAUUGUCUGUUGGCCAUUGGCCUUAGCAUGUAACUUGUGCACCAGCCUGUGCCAUAGUUUUUCAUAGGUUUUAUUACAAAGGGCUUAGGGCUUACGUGUUUGUUAUCUAAAAAAAGCUCUGAUUUCUUGGUAUCAGCGUUCAAGUAGAAUUUGAAAAACCUCUCUCCAAAAAUGUUUUUUUCUUUUGUAGAUGCCUUCUCUUAACUCUCACUUUCCAUUAGAAAUAAUUCAUUUAAGUCCUUCUCUCCGCCCCACUCUCUUUUUGUUACAAAUUUAAUCGAAAGUGAGUCAGUCCAAAAAAAACAGGAAAAUGGAUGACUUAUGGUGACCUAUUUAGGUGCUAGAUACUCUGAAUAACGAGCGCUUGUUAUUACGUUGUGUGAACUGUCCUUGCCAUUAUGCAUUACCUUCAGUGUAUAUUGGGUUAAGAUUGGUGGCUGGAAAAUUGCCAUUAUUUGUGGGUGUAGGUAUCUCAACCAAAUGAACCCGUUCAUCACUAAAAGCAGAAAGUCAAUCUACCGCAAGUGACAGUCCAACAAUAACCAAUAUAUAAACAAAACCCUCGAGUUAAUUUAUUUCUUUAUUCUCAAUUCGUUUCUGCAUGCUAGAUUUUAAAACUGUGAGGAGAACUUGUAACAGGAAACUCGUUAUUAGUUAAAAAAAACCUUCAAGAACUAAUAAAACUACUUGUUUCUCCUGUCCUUACCCCAUUUCAUUACUCAGCAACUUAACGUGUUAAUCCUUCUUUUUCUCAUAGCGUGAUUUGGAUUUCACAAUCAGUGUAAACUUCAAUGGAGAGCUUUGUAAUUACCAAGCUUCAGACAACUACAGGAUGCGAUAGUAUAAGAGUGAAAGCCUCUACUUGUACAGUAACAAGACGAUAUUCUUAAUAUAAAAGAUGCUGCUGGUUAGCAUGUCGUUAGUAGAGCAUAUGUUGUUUAUGAUAUCAAUACCAGAUUACAGAAUCACGUUUAUGAAGGAAACGUCAGCAUCUUCUAGCUGUAGUGUUGCCAGUUAAGCACUGUAAGAAGUCUGUCUUCAUUCAAGCACUAGAGGUAGAGCUUCUUUUAAACGUACCUGGCAAAUUGCUGACAAACUCGAUAAAGACACAACGAACACAGUGACUAUGUUGGUGAUGUUAUAACCUGAUGGCAAUGAAGGGCAGGAGAUGGAUUAAGGAAAUUAUGAAAUAGAUCGAUCAAAUUGUUGUAUGGAGACUGGCAGGGACCAUUGGCAAAUAACAGAUGUAAUGCGUUUAUCACUGGAAGACAAAAAUUCGAAAUUGAAUCGUACUAAGCCAUUCGAAAAAAAAAUGAAUGUUGGGCGUCAUUAUUUUAAUAUUCUUUGUCUCUCUACGGGUUUCGUUUGGUGUCAUCAGGCAGUUUUCUCUACAGACAGUUUUAUUUGUUCCAUUUUCAGGCAAGAGCACUUCAAAUACAAAUUGCUUUUUUGUUAUCUCCGUCCCAUUUAGUUCUGUCUUGGUUAGUUUAGCUUGUUUAAAUUUUUCUUAUUUACCUGAACUAACAUUUAGCCUUGGUAAAUCAACUCUCCAUGAGCGUUUAUUAUGAAAUAGUUUAAAUUACUGCGACAAUGUAAGCCAAUAAAAAUGUAUUACCCUACGAUUCCUAGUGUAAUAAUGCUGAACUUUCACUCUACCCGCUAGACAGGUAGUAGUACUGAUACAUGUGUUACUGACCAAGCAGGAGGUCAAGAUUGCUGGAUAUCGGCCAAGUUC